AUGACGCUUCAAGCAGGGCAAGAAGGCGAUGACCGCUUCAAGCCCGCACCGGAGGUGGCCUUUGGCAAAGCAGCAGAUUUCUCAAGAGGUCUCUUCAAGCACGUCUCAGCCAACGACGCCUUGCUGCGAAGAAUCCUGGUGCUGAAUGUCUCCCGCUCGCCCCUGAAGUCCGAUGACCUCAAGAUGAUCUUCCUUGCGGCCCCAGGUCUGAUCCGCAUCGAUGCCAGCCGAUGCAGCUUGGAGGAGCUGCCGGAGGCGGACCUCUUCCAGUCCCUGCGGAACCUCAAGGCACGGCAUGAACAGCAAACGGAACAGCAACACGAUGAAGAUGAUUUUGACAACCUGACAACCAAAGCGCAAGAGUGCGGCAUAGUGCAGCGUGACAACAUGGCGGUGUCCGCAACGAAUACUUCUCGUGUUGCGUGCGCCAGCCAUGCCAGCCGAGAAGGUGACCCUACGGUCCGCUCCGUCGUGCUGGCAGAGAAGCCGUCGAUUCUCGCUGCCUGGGCCUUGGUGGACCACCGCAUGGUCACAGAACCAGAGCGACUAGGGCCAGAAUGGGAUGUCGUCAGCGCGGUCCUGUCGCGAUCGCGCUUCGGGGCAAGGCUUCUGGAUCCGGACUCCUUGGAUCUGAAGGUUCAGGGCCCGAGGAGAGAUGUCAGCUUUGAGGAGAAGGAUCAGUUCAUGGUUCAGCUUGCCCUGCAGGAGAUUCGCUUCAUUGAGAAUCACUACAAGAGCUCCUCCCCGACACGUUGCAUCCAGGCUGUGUGGCGUGGCUUUCACGUUCGCCAGGCCGUAGAACAGCACAAGGCGCAGAUGGUGGAGGCAGCCAGGAAAAUACAACGUGGCGCUCGGCGUCUCCUAUGGCGCAAGCAUAUGGCCGAGUAUGUCAAGGAGUACCUGGGUCACAUCGACGAGCUUGAUUUGCUCCUGGACGCCAAGGCAGGAGAUGCUGCGGCGCCGCGCCUUGAAGUUGAUCGAGGCAGUGGCAAGCUGCAGCAAGCUGCAGCAAGCUGUGUGAAGGUGAUUCUGAUUUCUCGAUUUGUGUGCGGAGUUUCCUUGACAAAGCUUCUGCAGCCGCUUGGCUCAGAGAUGAAAGCCAUCCCUGUCGCUGUGGAGCUCAAGCAUUCCGGUGAAUGUUUACAAAUCGAUGCUCCAUCUUCUUGGACGAUAGGGGAUCUCAAAGCCCGCAUCCAGGAGCUUUCUAAAGUGCCACCUCAGCAGCAGCGAAUAGUCCUCGGUGAGGUGGAGCGGGAUGACUUCUUACAUCAUAGGGCCUGCCUGGUUGACGGGGAGUUCCUGAGUGGCAUCUUGACACCGGCGCAAAGCUCGCUGCACUUCCGCUUGGUCCCCAUCUCUGACCGCCAGGCAGGCUGGCAGCGACGCGUGGCUGCACAGCCCAGAGCACUGGAGGAAGCGCCGGAAAACAUUCAGGACGAUUUCUUCGUGGUCUUGGAGGCGGUGCGCCACCGAGGUGAGGCUCUGCAGUUCGCUUCAGAGCGGCUCCGUAAGGACCGGGCUUUGGUCAGAGCGGCGGUGCAGCAGAGUGGAGCGGCGCUGCUCUAUGCUGCAGCGGAGCUCCGCAGAGACCCCUCGCUGGUGCUGGAGUUGGCGAAAAACCGCCCAGGGGCUCUGGCCUCCGCCUCCGAGGACCUCUGGAAGGAUCCGGAGUUUCUGCGCGCUGCCAUUGCGCUGCAGCCGGACAUGCUCAGCAGAGCACCUGAGGAGCUCAAAAGCGACCGCGGUUUCCUGCAGGAGGUGCUGGGAUCGCGGGGCGAUGCCCUGGUAGCCUUACCAGAGGAACUGCGCGCAGACAAGGAGCUUGUUAUGGUGGCUGUCGGCCAGUCUGGAGCUGCCCUGGAGCAUGCUUCACACGAGCUUCGCGAGGACCGAGAGGUGGUUGCGGUGGCGGUCCGCAAUGGAGCCGUACUGCCAGAGUCUUUCAACAGCGACCGUGAGCUCGUCUUAGACGCUGUUCGCUUAGAUGGCCUGGCCCUGGAGCUGGUCAGCAAGGAGCUCCGAGAUGAUGAGGAGGUGGCGCUGACAGCGGUGCAGCAGAACGGCCACGCUCUUCUCUGGGCAUCUCGUCGCCUGAGGUCGAACAGGGCCUUCGUCCUGGCCGCGGCACGAUGGAGCCACGAUGUUUUGCAGCAUGUCUCUGUUCGACUUCGGACAGAUGCCACCUUCAUGGCUUUGCUAAGUUCCGAAGAUGCGGAAGCAGUCGAGCCAGAGAUGGAGGACCUGAUCUGCCGUGGCAAGCACGAGGAGCAGAUCCUCAAGCGUUUCCUGCUAAACGAAAUCAAGAAGACCCUUAGUGAAUCGCACGACUUGCCAAAGACGAAGCGCGAACUCAGAGCCUUAGAAGGGGUCUUGGAGGAGGAAGAAUGA